AUGGCUGAAAAUGUUAGUGAAGUUACAACAGUGGGUUCGUGGUUUACAACUGAAGAGAUUCCACCAUCUGUGCCCAAUGCCUUCACGAUGCGGGUGGUGGUAGGCAUAAUUUAUCUCAUCAUCGCUGUCGUUGGCACUUUGGGUAAUACUUUAGUGAUAACUGCCGUUCUUCUCUCCAACAAACUCCGUACAGCAACUAACGCCUUCGUGGUGAACCUGAGCUUGGCAGACCUACUGACAUCUUUAGUGAUAUACUUGCAAGCCGCAGUUAUCUACAGUAGAGAUGGCCCAGCAGGAGGCGAUUGGGUCUGCAGCCUAGCAACGAUCAUUAUCAUCACCACCGUCGGUUGUAGCAUAAUGACCCUGGCAUCGGUCAGCCUCAACCGCUACCUUCUGAUAACGCGACCAGCCGUCACAUAUCGGGCCAUCUUUACAGCCAAGAAGAUCACCGUGUGGUUGGUACUCGUGUGGCUGGUCCCACUUCUUGUCGUCCUCUUGCCCCCACUCCUUGGCGUGGGUGCCCUGGGGUUCAACAGAAUGUACCACCACUGCGGAUUCAUCGAUCAUCCCCUGGCUCGUGUCUUCAAUAUCGUCAUUGCGGCAGUCUUGUACCCCGUCCCCCUCGUCACCAUCAUUGCCUGCUACGUAGGUAUCUGGAGACAUCUGAGACACCACGCCAAGAGGAUCUCAGCCUCAAAUGAGCCCGACGAGUCUUCAGGCAACAAAGUCACUGAUGAAGAAAAGGGAGGGGUUGCUAAUGACAACACGCAAUCGGCAGACAGCGCACGAUUCGCACGAUCAGUCAGUAAAGCUCUCAUGAUGAACCGACGACAGAAUGAGAUCACCAAGAACAUGUUCUACAUCGUGUGUGCGUUCCUAGUCUGCCAAUCUCCUUGGUUAGUGUGUCUACUGUUAAACGGCGCUGGGCCAGCUGUACCGUACGCCAUUGCCAUCCUCUUCUUCAACAGUUGCCUCAAUCCGAUGAUCUAUGCCAACAAGCAUCGAGACUUCAAGGCCGUCUUCGGCUGUAUCUUGCGCUGCCGCUGGGAUCAAAUCCCAGAACCCUCGGAGUUUAUGAAGGCCCUGAAACGUCGGGCGUGUUGCACCCGUGGCUAA